UUUGGUGGGUGGUGUUUGGUAGUUGGGUGGUGUGUAUCUGUCUGAACAGAGUCUGGAGCCCGGCCGGGAGUUUCCGCGGUUCCUCGGACCGACCCGCUGCUCUGCUGACGAGAACAGAGUGGUUCUGGCCGGGCGAGCGGACCGUGUUCCUACGGGUCCGCCCCGCCCCGGAAUGUAGCAAAGCCUCCCCGGGCGGAGGGACUGAGCAGCCCGCAGCGAGGCUAACCCUGACCCGGCGCGGGGAGUCGGUGAGUCCGGCUGGAGAUGGCCCAUCGUUCUCAGUGUUCCUCAGCGGGGGACAACCCUCUGGACCCCAACUACCUGCCCCCACACUACCGCGAGGAGUACCGCCUCGCCAUCGACGCUCUAGUCGAGGCUGAUUUAGAGGGAUACUAUGGGUUCCUGCAAGAUGCCAACGUGGUGGAUUUCUUAUCUCGGCCAGAGAUUGAGUACAUUAAAUGCACGGUGCAGGUGCCGUCUCAGCACACACAGCCGGACAGGAGGUAUAUGGUCGGGGGGGACGGAGACGGUUCCUCGGACACUUACUGGCCGAUACACUCGGACCUGGAUGCUCCAGGCCUUGAUCUGGGAUGGCCACAGCAGCACAGGUUCGUGGGACCCACUGAGAUCACCACGCUGGUUAACCCCCCCGACCCGGAGAUGCCCAGCAUUAAGGAGCAGGUCCGCAGGAUGAUCAAGAACGCCCAGCAGGUGGUUGCCGUGGCGAUGGACAUGUUUACAGAUGUUGAUAUAUUCGCCGAUAUCCUGAACGCAGCAAUGCGCAACGUAGCUGUUUACGUUCUGCUGGAUGAACUCAACGCUCACCACUUUGUUGCCAUGGUGAACAACUGCAGGGUUAAUCUGGAUGAAAUUAAAUCCCUGCGAGUCAGGACCGUCUCCGGCAGCACCUACUAUUGCCACACAGGGAAGUCCUUCAAAGGUCAGAUGAUGAACCGCUUCUUACUGGUGGACUGUAAAAUUGUUCUGAGUGGGCACUACAGCUUUAUGUGGUCUUUUGAGAAGAUUCAUCGCUGCAUAGCUCAUGUAUUUGUCGGACAGUUUGUGGCUACCUUUGAUGAAGAGUUUCGAAUUCUCUUUGCCCAGUCAGAGCCACUGGUUAUGGAAAACACUGUUCCCUAUGUUGAAGAUUAUGGCAACUUCCCUCAAAGACACACUAUAGAAAACCCCAAAAUGUUCAUGAAAGAACAUCUACCCAUUGAAAACAUACGUGCAGAAUGGCCUGGGCGUUCGUUUGAAGACCCUAUGAAGGUGCAACACAAUUUAUUUUCCCUAAGAAGAGGUGAAUCGGUCCACAGCUCAACAGAUGAGCAUCUUCCUCUUGUAGCGCAUGCCCCCCAACAAUUUAGAGGAGAGCAUCCCUUUUUGGACCAGAGAAGACUUAUGCAAGGGCCGAAUAAUGACAUGGGUAGAUUUAGAAGGCAAGCGCACCCAGGGUUUCCAAAUUAUCCUCAGAUGAAUACAGGAAACAGAGGGGAGCAGAAUAUGGAGGAUUUUGAGAUGCAGGGUGCCCACUUUCCAAGAGAGCAGUACUUCAGUCAGAGGGCAGGUCCAGAACAAGGCUAUGAAAUUUAUCGGAAACCCAGAGACUUCAGCUACCCUCAAUUAGAUCAGUACCCAGGACCUGAGUUUCCUCAUGAGAUGGAUGAUGUAGAACCACCAGGUGGUUAUGACCAUGUCCAAAAAUUCCUGCAUUCCUAUCCUCCUGUGGAGAAAGUACCUGCUGAGAAUUUGUUAGUACCCGUUCAGUCACCUCCCAGAAGGCAUAGCAUGGGCCAAAGCUUCCCCUGUCAGACCUCGCCAACACAGCCAAACCUACCUGAACAGAAAUUUUUUUUUAAUGUACACCACAAACGACAGGACCAAAAAGAAGGGUUACGAGAUUGGAGAAUCAGCUCAUAUCUCACUGCCCUUCAGGACUCAGGACCGGAGGACAUGGAGGAUCUUCAAAGAAGUGAUUCUUUUGAUAGUGCAUCCUAUGACAUGCACAAGUCCCUGGGAAGACCCUGUGAGUCUGAAAUUCCAGGGCCAAGGCAAGAACACAGCGACUUUAACAAGGCACCAGCUCGCAAGUUAAAUGUUCAGCACUUGGAUAACUUAUCUCUGCCAGAGAAAUCACUGGACCUUCAGGCAAACUUUAGAUCAUUUUUAGCUUCGAAUGCUAAACAAACACCAACAACAACUUCUGAGUCCUCAGGAAACACUGAGGGUGACAAACCAGAAGAACCUAAAGAGGGCAAUUUGACUCGUGAAGAAAGUUUUCGCAGGAGGCCCAAUUUAGCUAUCCAGCGGAGCUCAAGAUUGAGGCACUCACUGAUUUUUAGCUCUAAUUUGGAACUGCCCACUACAGAAGAUGCAAAAAGUUCAUUGAGCCAGAGCAGUGAGGAUGACCCAUUGAAGACAUCAGCUGUGAUUUCCAACAUUUUGGAGAAAAAGAAAACUGGCACAAAAGAACCCUUUCAGUGGAGCACUCUUAUAAAGCCACCUUGCGACCCAACUUUGGAUUCUGCAACAAAAACUGAAUCUGAAUACAUACCUGGUAAAACAAAGGAGGAAUCUGCAGUAGAAAAAGGAGAGACUAAUGAAAUGGCUCAAAAAUAUUCUCAAAUGGAAAAAGGUCUUUCUCUUGAUCUGCAAGUUACAGAAAAUACACAAAUUCAACCCAAACCAAUUUUGCAGCAGUCAAACACAUUCAUGGAUAUGAAUGAUCCUGACUGUAGACUCAGAUUUUUUAAAGAGUUAGCCGCCAAACGAAAAGCUGAACUUGCACAAGCAAACGUGUCUACUAAAGACAAAGUCUCCAAAGAGCCUGAAAAGUCAAAAAAAGAAGAGAAAAAGCCUACUUUAGACAACCCAACAAUCCCACCUGCCGCAGAGGCACCUUUGCAAAAAUGUCCUGUAGGCACUUCUCAGGAGUCAAACACUAAGGCACCUGUUUCACAGGUAUUAACUAAUAAAAACCUAAAGCACAAAUCCCAUGAUUCCAAGAUGACUGAGGAACAAAGUUCUCCUAAAAGUGAAAGUUCUUGUAGAGCAAUUUCUACAAGUGCUACAGAUGCUGAAAAAAUCAAGCUGAAGCAGCAGCUCUCUGUAGAGCAUGACCCCUCACCAAAUACAGAUGACGACAACAGCGCUUCUGUUGUAAAACCAGAAUUACAGUUAGGCCUACAAACAAGACCUAAACUUCUAAGCCAGCUAAGGCCCAUUCCAAAUAUCUCCUCGUCUGAAUUUUCACGCACUAAAUUCAGUUUUCCAUCUGUGCUCAGACCAAAACAUUCAAAACUGAGUCCAACAGACCCAACUGCCUUACAGACUGUUCCAGGUGCAAGCAUGUCUGGACCUUCCCAACAUCCCACUGCAUCAGAGACAGGAGUAAUCCAACAUUCCACUUCAGAAGAGGCAGGAAAAGCUAAAAGGACAGACACAACCCAACAGAACCCUGCAGCUGUGACCAGCCCUUCUCAGCAGACCCCUGCAGUAAAGAUAGACCCUUCCCAACAUUCCUCUGCUGCAGAAACAGUUACUUCCCAGCAGAUCCCUGCACCAGACACUGGCCCUUCCAAACAGAUCCCUGCACCAGAGACUGGCCCUUCCAAACAGAUCCCUGCACCAGAGACUGGCCCUUCCAAACAGAUCCCUGCACCAGAGACUGGCCCUUCCAAACAGAUCCCUGCACCAGAGACUGGCCCUUCCAAACAGAUCCCUGCAUCAGACACUGGCCCUUCCAAACAGAUCCCUGCACCAGAGACUGGCCCUUCCAAACAGAUCCCUGCAUCAGACACUGGCCCUUCCAAACAGAUCCCUGCACCAGAGACUGGCCCUUCCAAACAGAUCCCUGCACCAGAGACUGGCCCUUCCAAACAGAUCCCUGCAUCAAAGACUAGCAAUUCCGAAAAGAUUCCAUCAGUAAGUACAAAUCCUUCCAAACAGAUCCCUGCAUCAGACACUGGCCCUUCCAAACAGAUCCCUGCACCAGAGACUGGCCCUUCCAAACAGAUCCCUGCAUCAAAGACUAGCCCUUCCGAAAAGAUUCCAGCAGUAAGUACAAAUCCUUCCAAACAGAUACCUGCAGCAGAGUCGGAUCCUUCCAGACAGAUCCCUGCAAAAGAGACUGAUGCUUCCCAAAAAAUCCCUGCAGCAGAGACUGGCCCUUCCACGCAGAUCCCUGUAGCAGAGACUGAUCCUUCCAAACAGAUCCCUGUAGCAAAGACUGAUCUUUCGAAACAGAUCCCUGCAGCAGAGACUGAUGCUUCCCAACAGAUCCCUGCAGCAGAGUCGAAUGCUUCCCGCCAGAUUCCUGCAGAAGAGAUAGAUGCUUCCCAAAAGAUCCCUGCAGCAGAGUUGGACGCUUCCCAACAGAUCCCUGCAGCAGAGACUGAUGCUUCCCAACAGAUCCCUGCAGCAGAGACUGAUGCUUCCCAACAGAUCCCUGCAGCAGAGAUGGACGCUUCCCAACAGAUCCCUGCAGCAGAGAUGGACGCUUCCCAACAGAUCCCUGCAGCAGAGAUGGACGCUUCCCAACAGAUCCCUGCAGCAGAGAUGGACGCUUCCCAACAGAUCCCUGCAGCAGAGACUGAUGCUUCCCAACAGAUCCCUGCAGCAGAGGUGGAUGCUUCCCAACAGAUCCCUGCAGCAGAAUCAAGCCCUUCCCAACAGAUGUCUUCAACAGAGAUAGGCUCUUUUCAACAGAUUUCUGAAGCAGAGACCGGUCCUUCCCAGCAGACUCCUGUAGCAGAGACAGCACCUUUCCCACAAACCCCUGCAGCAGGAACAGGUCAGUUGACCAUCAAUAUUAAAAAAGAACUGGACCCCACAAAUACAUCCCCAACUAUUGCAUCCCCUGAAGAUCUCUCAGCCAAACAACAUCCUGUGAACACUGCCUCAGCCACAGCUUGUCCACCACAAACAAGUUCAGAUGUAAGCCUUGUACCAACAGAAGAAUCAGAUCCAGCCACAAACACCUUGGAGGCAGACAAAAGAUCUGAGCAUACGGCAUGUGACUUGACUCUUUCACCCCUCAACACACCCUCAUCUGAGGUAAACCUGCCUGACAGCAGCAUGCCAUUAGAAGGAGACCUGUGUGGAAAUGCCACAGCAAUUACUGUUGCCAGUUCUGUGCAAACAGACGCAACCGCAUUGACUUCAGGCAGUCCAGCAGAAACUGUCUCAAAGAGUGAAAUGGAAUCAUGUCAUCGUCAACCAGAAACCAGCUCAACCACAGACACUGCUAAAACAAAUGUCAGCCUGACAAACACUAGCUCGUUGAUGAAAGAUGCCGAACCUGAUGUUUCUACAAACUCUACCUCGUCAGAAUGCAGUUCAACUGCUAAUCUUACUCAAACCGUUUCCGUUUCUCAGCCAGGUGAUUCCUCCACAGACUCUGGCAAAUUGAGUAGUUCAUCUUCAGAGACCGCUAGUGUACACUCUAGUUCAGUAGACGACCACAAAUCCACGAACCUGCAAGCAACAGAGAUCCAAACACCUCAUGAUGUCAGUUCUCCACCUAACCCUGAAGAGGAAAGUAAGAACGUAGAUCAGGAUGAAGAGCCAAUAAAACAUGAAACCCAGCAGCAAGAAACUUCAGUUUCCUCGAUAAGCCACGAACCUGAGGAAGCUCCUCUAGAAGCUCAAACAGUUGGAGCAGAUGGCGGAUCGACCAAUGCUGAGCACUCUCACGGAUCUCAGGAGAGUCAGGCUCCUUCUUCAGAGAAGCCGACCCAUCAGGCCUCCACUAUAAACGUUCUGUCCUACAGCAACCUGAGGGAUGACACUAAAGUUCUCCUGGAGCAGAUAUCCGCCAAGAACCAGGGACGAACCUCAAAGACGAGCCUUGCUUCCGGUGAUACUACAGAAGAUGGGGCUGAUGGGAACACAAAGAAAGAUAAACAGACUUCUGGAUAUCUACUAAGUAGGUCCAAGACUUGGUCUGCCAGGGCUUCACCAGAGGAGCGGGAGAGCCUCCUUAAAAAGAUGGAGAGCAUGCGGAAAGAAAAAAGAGUUUACAGCCGCUUUGAGGCAUCGUAAUGUGUUUGAUCGGCUGGAGAUCUGAUUGCUUCACAGAUUUCAGCGUUUAUAAAGAUGUAAUGUUUCUGAAAUAUGCAGAAAAUCUGCAUAACUAACAGCCGCUGCUGCUUCUGCUGAAAAAAGAAGCUCCAGAAAACCUGUUUACUGAACCUGUAACUGAGGAGAUAAAGACUGGAGUUAAAGGCUGGAGGAUUCGGUCUCUGGUUAGCGAGUGCUGUCUGUGUAUCACUGUGAAGAAUCAUGUUUGAUUACUGUAUAAAUGCAGAUAUAAAACCUGUAGCAUAAUAAAUAAUAAAAAAUACAGUAUACACUGCUAUGAUAAAGCACGGGGUAAGUGCUGUAACACAUUAAUAUUUCUGAGAUAUAAACCAGGCCACCAAAUUCAUUUUGGUUAAAAAUGACACGAGGGAAAAAUACACAGAAUAUUAUUUUUUUAUUCUCCUUUGCUUAUGUGAUAUGCGGAACUAAAAUAUUGUGUAUUUACAUUACAUACAUUUAUAUUUUAAAAGAAUUUAAGAAUGUUAUUUCUUAUUCAGUCAUAUACUGUACAUUGAUGUAUUGUAUAUACACUUUAUACAUAUGUGUAUAUGCACUUUAUUAUGUGAAAUAAAGAUAUAUGGCAUA